CCGAGGUCCCGGGCCGCCGCGCGGGCAGCAGAGGCCGCAGAGCGGGCCACUGUCCCCCGCCCUCCGCGCCAUGGCACCGCGCGCCCGGCGGCGCCGCCCGCUGCCCGCGCCGCUGGCGCUGCUGGCGCUGCUCGGCCGGCUGCAGGUGACUUUGCAGAUCACCCCUCCAUGUACCAGCGAGAGGUAUUACGAGCAUCUUGGACAAUGCUGCAAGAAAUGUGAGCCAGGAACAUACAUGUCUUCCAAAUGCACCACUACGUCUGAGAGCGUCUGUCUGCCCUGUGGCUUGGACGAGUACCUGGACACCUGGAAUGAAGAAGAUAAAUGCUUGCUGCACAAAGUCUGCGACCCAGGCAAGGCCCUGAGGGCCGUGGAGCCCGGCAACCGGACGGCGCCGCGCCGCUGCGCCUGCACCGCCGGCUACCACUGGAGUGAGGACUGCCGCUGCUGCACCCGCAACGCCGAGUGCGCGCGCGGCUUCGGCGCCCGGCGCCCCGUGCAGCUCAACAAGGACACGGUGUGUGAGCCCUGCCCCGCAGGCUACUUCUCCGACACCGUUUCCGCCACAGAGACGUGCAGACCCUGGACCAACUGUACCAUUCUUGGAGGGACAGAAGUGCGUCACGGAACCGAUAAAUCAGAUGUGGUUUGUAGUCCUCUCCCAUCUGCAAAUCCAUCAAAUGAACCGCAGGUUUACUUGCCCAGUUUAGUCAUUCUGCUGCUCUUCAUGUCUGUGGCCUUAGUGGCUGCCGUCGUCUUCGGUGUUUACUAUAGGAAAAAAGGGAAGGCGCUAACAGCUAAUUUGUGGCACUGGGUCAAUGAGGCUUGCGGCCGCCUAAAUGGAAAUAAGCAGGAGUCCGCAGGCAACAGUUUCAGCUGCACUCACGUGGAGGCCGCCAGCGCCCGCGAAGUCUGUGAGGGUGUCUUCCUGCUGACGCUGGAACAGAAGGUGUUUUCUGAAGACACGUGCCAUCCGGAGGCGGGGGGCGCGUGCGCAGCGGCCUGUCCCCUCCGGGGAGACGCCGAGAUGCUCUCCUUGGUCAGCGACAUUGACGGGGACCCCUGCAGGCCAGUGCCCACGGAGGACGAAUACACAGACAGGCCCCCCCGCACCGCAGACUCCGUGGUGGUCCUCACCCCGCCUGGAGGCCGGUCGCCUUUCCCCGAGCCCCUGGAAGUGGGCGAGAACGACAGCUUCAGCCAGUGCUUCACGGGGACAGACAGCCUGGAGGGCUCCGAGAGCCCCCGCCUCCCCAUGCCCCUCUGCAGGACUGCGUGGAGGCCCGCGUCCCCCAAGAAGUCCUUGCACGGAGAGGCGGGCGGCGGCCGGUGCCCGCACUGGGCAGCCGGCGCCCGCUCUGCAGACGGCUGUGCAGGCUGCGGGGACCUGACUUCGGGGGACCCGGCGCCCGGACUGGAGACCCCCCCGAGUGGACCCUUGCCCCAGUGCGCCUACGGCAUGGGCCUCCCGCCCGCAGCAGACCGGGCCGAGGCGGGGGGCCAGCCCCCGGACGGGGCCGCCGCCGAGCUUCCCGGCCCCGCGAGGGGGGGCCCCGGUGACCAGCCGCCUGCCUCAGGCAGUGUGACUGGAAACAGUAACUCCACGUUUAUUUCCAGCGGGCAGGUGAUGAACUUCAAGGGCGACAUCAUCGUGGUCUACGUCAGUCAGAACUCGCAGGAGGGCCCGGCGGGGCCGGGCGGCGGCGCGGGGGAGCCGGCGGGACGCCCGGUGCAGGAGGAGAGCUCGCCGCGCUGCGACUCGUUCGCUGGCCUCGGGCCGCGCUUCCCGGAUGCCUGCGCCAGCCUCGACGUGGGCCCAGGACUGCAGGAGUGUGGCGCCCCGGCGCCCGACAAGGCCUCGCGGCCAGUGCAGGAGCAGGGGGCGGCCGAGACGCGGCGCUGAGCUGGGAGCACCAUUGGCGGUUCUCUGCGCCCCUCGGGUCCGCUGGGCCUCCACACGCGGGCCGCGCACGUCGGAAGCCGCGUCGCCGCCUGGCGGCGGGGCGGGGCGGGGCGCGACGGGGCGUGGUCUUGGAGGGGCGUGGCCUCUGUUGGGCGGGGCCAUUGCCCAGGGUCUGCGCCUUCACGCCCCUGCAUUCGGUACAGCUGCGUGAAAUGACCCGGCGUCCUUCGUCCACCUUGCUUAAAUGGAAUCGAGGACUUUGGGGAGGGGGGGAAAUGUACGUUUGUUAUUACUACUCUGCCGUCCACAGUCAAGUGUCAACGCAUUGCACAGGUACACGUUGCUGUCUUCAGUCGCUCCCCUUUUUACCUCCUUUUCUAGUUUUUCUUCUCCUUUAACCUCCCAUUAUCAGCUCAUCAGUGGUUUGUCUCUUCAUGGCAUCUGUUUCUACGGUUGUCCCGUUCCAUUUGGGUCUGUAUCCUCCCCCCUCAACCCUUUCUCCAUAUUUGAUAUUUGUAUUUCACUGUCUUUCAUAACGUUUUUCUUGAUACUGUCUCCUCACCCCACCCCAUUUCCUUCUUUUUACUAUUUAACGAUUUUCUUGAAAAUUCUCCUGUGGGUGACGGUCUUCUUUAUGUUUCUUUCACCCCUUCUCACAAGCAGGUGCCUGUGUGUAGUGAUGGAGGGGGUGGGGGCGAGGAGUCUGUAUUAAGCACUUUUGGGAAAAGCCUAGAAAUGUGAAACCUGGUGGGAAGCUUGGGAAACAAGAGGAGAGACUUUGAGCUUUUGAAAACUUUUCUGAGUUCUCAGUUUUUUAAAGGAAGGGAGAAUGCCCCUAAAUAUUUUUAGGUGUGUGUCAACUUCUAGGCAGCCCAAAGCUGCAAUUUGUGUCUUUCUCCUUUAAUCCGUCUCAAAAUGGUUCAUCCCCAUCCCCAUCCAUAUGCUGAGAUGAAUGGGCAUACCCAUCCCAGCAGAGACAGCAGAACUUGGGCAACUAAGUCUCUAAAAAUCUCCAAGUUGCUGCACUUGGCAUUCUCAUUCUCGAGAAUGGGGAAAACAUGGAAAAUGAGUGGGAUAUGGGAUGGUGGCCUGCACACUCUGUGGAAAAAAAAAAAAAGGUGCUGCAGAAGUUCAAGAAGGGAGAAUAAAGAUGUUAAUAUGCAUUGUUUCUUUCUAAACAAGGAGAGCGUAAAUGUGUGUAGGCAGUAGGCCCCAUUUUCUUCCUAAAUAUGUGUCUGUAGUUUAGCCUUGUAGAAGUGGAAAACAUUCCUGUUAUUUUCCAUGCAUCUGAAUUAAAAACCAAGUCCUUAUAUUGUGAACUUAAGAAGAUUUAUCACAGAGAUUCUUUCUCUUAGCAUCUGUGCUGUUGUGAGGAAACAUACAGUGUGAGCAGGUUGAGAGGAGUUACCGGGCGUGUUUCAUCUGUUGCGGCCAGUUAGCCUUUGUUUUCCUUAGAUACUAAAGUUGCAAUGCCUGAGCACAUUAAAAUUGAUUUUGUGGAUCUGGUAGGUUUUGAAAGUGCUAAUAGUAGUCACUGUCCAGACUUCAGUGACCUCAAACAGGGGUUUCUCCCUGCUGGUUGCAGGUCUGUUGGAAAUGCUACAUAGUAGCUGUCAAUUAUGAUUUUUAAUGGAGAAGCAGAGGUGGCUCUAUAAUUUCUGUGGCUCCUUAGCAGACGUGGAAAAUGGCAGGAAAUAAGCUUAUUGCCAGAAUGAUCCGUUGGUGAGAAUUUACUGUCUGCACUGCCCUUUGAGAUAACAUCCAUCCAAAGAGAGAGGUUAUAAAAAUGGAAGUGACUGUUAUACCUUUGGUUAUAUUACAGUUCAGUGAGGAGAAGGCAGAGCUAAAGCCCCAAGUCUCUACUGUGACUGUCCCAUCUCACCGACACUUUACCUUUCUCUGCUUUCUUUUUUUGAAUUUUUCCUACAAAAAGGCACUAAUGGUAAUUUUUGACACUUUCCCUACUUGGAAAUAACAAAAGAAUGCUACAGUGAAUGUUAAAGUAUCUUGAGCUCCUUAAAUAAAAGGUGCUAAAUAAACACAUAAGAAUCUACUUUCAGAAGAAGCUAGUAUUCUUUGCCAUGCUGAUCCUUGCUAAUUCUAUAUUGAUUCAAAGACAGUUAAAUGAUAGGAAAUGGACAGCAAAUAUAGCUCUGUGUCUGUAUUAUAGAGUUGUGUAUGACAGAUGUAAACAGGAUGAAAUGGAGACAGUAAUGGAAAACUGGGGAAUGUGAUAAAGAGAUUAUUAAACUUAUAUUUGACAACA